AUGGCAGCCGUGUUGCAGGGCCAUCAAGUGCAUCCCGAUGGGAGAGCGUGGAAAACGCAUUUUCCCGAGGGUGAUCUUUGGGUGUUUGGUUAUGGCACUGACCACCGUGGAACACCCGAACAACCAGGACGCGUUGUCACUGUGAUCGACCGCGAAUUCUGGGAAACGCUCGAUGAUCCGCAUGCCGAACUUGAAUCCGAAUCUGCCUCAACGGGAAAAGUCUGGGGUGCCGCAUACCACAUCCCAGCCUCCCAUGCCGAGGAAGUUCACGAUUACCUGGACGAGCGUGAAAUAGAUGGGUACAGUGUGCGUUUCACUCCUUUCCACCCUACUCCAGGCUCGUCUGCGGACCAGCAAGGUCACCCAGACUCGAUCAUCCCAAUCACCUGCAUGGUGUAUAUUGGACAGCCGACCAAUCCGCAAUUUCUGCGUGAACCGGAGCGUCGUGCACCAAAAGAUGUGGCACGGGUCAUCAGCGCAGGGCAUGGACAGAGUGGGAAAAACACAGAAUACUUGUAUCUUCUCGAGAAGGCGUUGGAGGGAUUGGGACUGGGGACGGCCGAUGUGCAUGUUGCCGAUCUGGUGAAGAGGGUCAAGGCUAUUGAACUGGCUGGUCUGGCAGAUCAAGAAGAACAGCAGGCAGAGCGAGACGUGCAGGAGAAUCUGGCUCGGGCGCCCGAAGAGAGUGUGGAGAGACAAAGCAUCGAAUAA